AAGUGCGGGAUAGCUUUGUUUACAACAUGGCGGAUAUACUCCUCCGCCGCUAAACUUCGCUUUUCCAAUUGUUUGUUAACAAUUUCAUUGCAGUCGUCAAUAUUAUCAUGCCUCCAAAGAAACCACCAGUAACAAAAGCCCCUGCAAGAGCACCAGUGAAAUCAACACCUGCAAAGGGGACUCCGGCAAAAGUUACACCUGGAAAGAAAGUCUCAGGUGCACCUGCAACAGGUGCCAAAAAACCAGGAGCUGCACCAUCCAAAGGUAAUGUACCUACGAAGCCAAAAGAGAAAGUCUGGACCAAACAAGAUGAUGCUGCCAGGACUAUACAGACCAAAUACAGACAAUUCAGAGCAAAGAAGAUACUUGAAAAGAAGAAAAAAGAAAAGAUGGACUAUGAAGAACUUAUGAAUAAAUUAGAACAUGAGGCAUUUCUGAAACUGGUACAGAUGGAACAAGAACAAGCAGAGAAAGAUAGAAAGAAAGAAGAAGGAGAAAGAAGGAGAAGGGCAGAAGAAAUAAAACGGAAGAAAAGAAUGUUGGAAGCAGCUUUUGAUGGAGAUAAUGAAGAAAUUUUACAAAUACUUAAAGAAGUAAAGGAAUUGGAUGAUAAGAAUAACAUAGGAAAUGAUGUGAUAGGUAAAAACUUACGAGACAGACAUUUGUUGGCUAUGGUGGAAUGUGAAGAUGCUAAUGAAAAUACACCUAUAUCAGAGGCAGCAAAUGGUGGUAAUGCAGACACUAUUAAAUUACUACUUGAUAGGGGAGCUAACCCAAACACACAGGGACAGUUCAAAAGAACUCCAUUAUACAGAUCAGCAUUUGCAGGUCAUUUAGAAGCUUGCCAGAUGCUACUACAGAAUGGCGCUGACCCCAGAAUAUAUGCAAGUGAUGGACAAAAUCCUGAACAGGUAGCCUCAUUAGCAGCUGUUAUUCAGUUAUUAAAAGAAUGGGACAUCAGUCAAACAGAAGUAUUGUUGGAGAAACUUGAGACUGAAAAGGAGAAAAGAUUGGAGGAGGUUAAACAGAGGAGGGCUGCAGAGGAAUCCAUCUUAGAGAAACAAGUGGAGAUAACCCAGCAGGAAUAUGAUGUUAUGCAGAAACAGCUGAAUCAUGCUUACUGUGAAUUAGAGAAAAGAAUUUCAGAACAUGAUAAUGCUGUUGCAGAAGGAUUUAAUAGGCCUGAAAUAUUGGUGCAGGCCAUACAAGAUGCUGAAACUGAAGUAGAAAUAUUAAAGAUGAACACCGAAAAGUCCAGAGAUAAAUUAUCCCAAGCCAAGCUGAAACUGAGGGAGCAACAGAAAGGUGGAGAUGAUGGUGAGGACCCAGAUGAUCUUCCUGGCCUCAAAGUAUUGGUUAAAGAAUUAGAUGAUGUUUUAUUUAGAGAUGUGGGAAAUAAAAUCAAAGACUCUGGAAAAUGGCCUUUAAUAAUUGAUCGAACAGGCCAGGCAGCAACUUUUCUCAGAUAUCGUGACACAAACUGUGUGAAUGCACUUAGCCCUAAACAGAUGGAAGAUGACAAGGUGCGGCUGUCACUUCUUGGUGCUGUAAGAUUUGGCAAGCCAUUUAUUUUGGAUAUGAUGGAAGUUGAUAUGUUUGACACAGUUAGUGACAGAUUUGACAACAUUUUGAAAGGAUUGAUGGGACUGAUCAUGGACAAAAGUAUAAUGCAGGAAGAGAACUAUCUUAAAAUAGUGAAGGAAUCAGAUGGACCAGACUAUCAGAAGAAUAAGUUCAAUGACUACAGGACAUCGAGUUUCAAAUUCUUUAUAAUAACAAAAAAUCCUUACCCACCAGAUAAUUUAAUGGACAAUACAUAUCCUAUUAGAAUCUAUGUACCAACAGCUAGGUAGUGAACUAUCAUAGGAUAAUUUUAAUCUUUUGUACCUCAAUUUUGUUGUGAAAGUCUUAUCUAUUUGUUCUAAAAAAUACUUGCAGAUGUUUUAAGUUAAAGAACAAAAUGUCAUUAUAAAAUGAUCAUAAUGACAAUUCCAAACCAUAAGAAGAAAGAGGAAAAUAUUGAGAAACACUGUAAAUUCAGAAAUUAUUGCGAGGAUUUUAUUAAUGCAAAUAAUGCGUCUGGGUGAGAAUCACAAUAAUAAGAACUUACUAUGAUAUCUGAUACCUAUAUGUAUAAUGCAGAUUUUCCUGAAAUCACAAUAAUUAAUCUCACAUUUUUGUCAAGUUGAACAAAUUUGCAAUAAUAAAUGCACUCAAUAAUUUCUGAAUUUAGAGUAUAUGAAAUAGAAAUGGAAAGAAAAAAAGUUCCACCUGAUGACACUAAAAAGAUUAAGUGAUGACAUUAUUUACAUUUAUUAGCUGUAGUAUAAGGGUGAUCCAGAUGUAGUUUACUAGCGUUCUAGUCUUCCAAGCAUUUAUACAAUCACAUUUCAUUUUUGAUCAUAUUUGACCAGCUGUCAUUACAGUGUAACAGUAAAUACAAUCUGUUUACCAGAUGCAAAAUGAAGGGUUAUUGUGAAAAUUCUUUGUUUCAUUGUGGGUUUUUAUCCACUAAUUGUCAUUUCUAUUUAGUUCAUGGUCUAUGCAAUAUUACUUUUAAACAAAAAUUACAAAAUCAAUGUGUAAUGCAUAUAUACAAAUCAGCCAUUAAACCAAAGCUUGAAUACCAUGUAUUCUAUCCUCAUUUAGUUUGUAUCAAAUCAUUAACGCUAACUGUCUGACAAAGAUGUGUCUGACCACUUGUUAGAAAAUGAUUUAAAGAUAAAUGGGAAUAAUUUAAUUGCAGCUGUUUUACUGCUAACGUUGCCUAGUUUGGGGGCCCCCUCUUUUUCAAAAUCCCAGAUCUGCAUCUAGUUUUGACUUCGAUUUUGUGUUUCACUUAACAUGGAAAUGAGAUAGUUUAAGGGAAGCAUGAUGUCCUAAUAGGAAAUAUUCUGGUUUUUGUCGAGCCUGCGACUUUUGUCGCAGAAAGCUCGACAUAGGGAUAGCGAUCCGGCGGCGGCGGCGUUAGCUAACUUCUUAAAAGCUAUAUAUUUUAGAAGGUGGAAGGUCUGGAUGCUUCAUACUUUGUAUAUGGAUGCCUCAUGUUACGAAGUUUCCGUCAGUCACAUGUCCAAUGUCCUUGACCUCAUUUUCAUGGUUCAGUGACUACUUGAAAAAAAAGUUAAGAUUUUUUGUAAUGUUAGAUUCUCUCUUAUUAUAAGUAAUAAGAUAACUAUAUUUGGUAUGUGCGUACCUUGCAAGGUCCUCAUGCCCGUCAGACAGUUUUCACUUGACCUCGACCUCAUUUCAUGGAUCAGUGAACAAGGUUAAGUUUUGGUGGUCAAGUCCAUAUCUCAGAUACUAUAAGCAAUAGGUCUAGUAUAUUCGGUGUAUGGAAGGACUGUAAGGUGUACAUGUCCAACUGGCAGGUGUCAUCUGACCUUGACCUCAUUUUCAUGGUUCAGUGGUUAUAGUUAAGUUUUUGUGUUUUGGUCUGUAUUUCUUAUACUGUAUGCCAUAGGUCUACUAUAUUUGGUGUAUGGAAUGAUUGUAAGGUGUACAUGUCUAGCGGGCAGGUGUCAUCUGACCUUGACCUCAUUUUCAUGGUUCAGUGGUCAAAGUUAAGUUUUUGAGUUUUGGUCUUUUUUUCUAAUACUAUGUGCAAUAGUUCAACUAUAUUUGGUAUGUGCGUACCUUGCAAGGUCCUCAUGCCCGUCAGACAGUUUUCACUUGACCUCGACCUCAUUUCAUGGAUCAAUGAACAAGGUUAAGUUUUGGUGGUCAAGUCCAUAUCUCAGAUACUAUAAGCAAUAGGUCUAGUAUAUUCGGUGUAUGGAAGGACUGUAAGGUGUACAUGUCCAACUGGCAGGUGUCAUCUGACCUUGGCCUCAUUUUCAUGGUUCAGUGGUUAUAGUUAAGUUUUUGUGUUUUGGUCUGUAUUUCUUAUACUGUAUGCCAUAGGUCUACUAUAUUUGGUGUAUGGAAUGAUUGUAAGGUGUACAUGUCUAGCGGGCAGGUGUCAUCUGACCUUGACCUCAUUUUCAUGGUUCAGUGGUCAAAGUUAAGUUUUUGAGUUUUGGUCUUUUUUUCUAAUACUAUGUGCAAUAGUUCAACUAUAUUUGGUAUGUGCGUACCUUGCGAGGUCCUCAUGCCCGUCAGACAGUUUUCACUUGACCUCGACCUCAUUUCAUGGAUCAAUGAACAAGGUUAAGUUUUGGUGGUCAAGUCCAUAUCUCAGAUACUAUAAGCAAUAGGUCUAGUAUAUUCGGUGUAUGGAAGGACUGUAAGGUGUACAUGUCCAACUGGCAGGUGUCAUCUGACCUUGGCCUCAUUUUCAUGGUUCAGUGGUUAUAGUUAAGUUUUUGUGUUUUGGUCUGUAUUUCUUAUACUGUAUGCCAUAGGUCUACUAUAUUUGGUGUAUGGAAUGAUUGUAAGGUGUACAUGUCUAGCGGGCAGGUGUCAUCUGACCUUGACCUCAUUUUCAUGGUUCAGUGGUCAAAGUUAAGUUUUUGAGUUUUGGUCUUUUUUUCUAAUACUAUGUGCAAUAGUUCAACUAUAUUUGGUAUGUGCGUACCUUGCAAGGUCCUCAUGCCCGUCAGACAGUUUUCACUUGACCUCGACCUCAUUUCAUGGAUCAAUGAACAAGGUUAAGUUUUGGUGGUCAAGUCCAUAUCUCAGAUACUAUAAGCAAUAGGUCUAGUAUAUUCAGUGUAUGGAAGGACUGUAAGGUGUACAUGUCCAACUGGCAGGUGUCAUCUGACCUUGACCUCAUUUUCAUGGUUCAGUGGUUAUAGUUAAGUUUUUGUGUUUUGGUCUGUUUUUUCUUAUACUGUAUGCCAUAGGUCUACUAUAUUUGGUGUAUGGAAUGGUUGUAAGGUGUACAUGUCUAGCGGGCAGGUGUCAUCUGACCUUGACCUUAUUUUCAUGGUUCUGUGGUCAAAGUUAAGUUUUUGAGUCUUGGUCUUUUUUUCUAAUACUAUGUGCAAUAGUUCAACUAUAUUUGGUAUGUGCGUACCUUGCAAGGUCCUCAUGCCCGUCAGACAGUUUUCACUUGACCUCGACCUCAUUUCAUGGAUCAAUGAACAAGGUUAAGUUUUGGUGGUCAAGUCCAUAUCUCAGAUACUAUAAGCAAUAGGUCUAGUAUAUUCGGUGUAUGGAAGGACUGUAAGGUGUACAUGUCCAACUGGCAGGUGUCAUCUGACCUUGGCCUCAUUUUCAUGGUUCAGUGGUUAUAGUUAAGUUUUUGUGUUUUGGUCUGUAUUUCUUAUACUGUAUGCCAUAGGUCUACUAUAUUUGGUGUAUGGAAUGAUUGUAAGGUGUACAUGUCUAGCGGGCAGGUGUCAUCUGACCUUGACCUCAUUUUCAUGGUUCAGUGGUCAAAGUUAAGUUUUUGAGUUUUGGUCUUUUUUUCUAAUACUAUGUGCAAUAGUUCAACUAUAUUUGGUAUGUGCGUACCUUGCAAGGUCCUCAUGCCCGUCAGACAGUUUUCACUUGACCUCGACCUCAUUUCAUGGAUCAAUGAACAAGGUUAAGUUUUGGUGGUCAAGUCCAUAUCUCAGAUACUAUAAGCAAUAGGUCUAGUAUAUUCGGUGUAUGGAAGGACUGUAAGGUGUACAUGUCCAACUGGCAGGUGUCAUCUGACCUUGACCUCAUUUUCAUGGUUCAGUGGUUAUAGUUAAGUUUUUGUGUUUUGGUCUGUUUUUCUUAUACUGUAUGCCAUAGGUCUACUAUAUUUGGUGUAUGGAAUGAUUGUAAGGUGUACAUGUCUAGCGGGCAGGUGUCAUCUGACCUUGACCUUAUUUUCAUGGUUCAGUGGUCAAAGUUAAGUUUUUGAGUUUUGGUCUUUUUUUCUAAUACUAUGUGCAAUAGUUCAACUAUAUUUGGUAUGUGCGUACCUUGCAAGGUCCUCAUGCCCGUCAGACAGUUUUCACUUGACCUCGACCUCAUUUCAUGGAUCAAUGAACAAGGUUAAGUUUUGGUGGUCAAGUCCAUAUCUCAGAUACUAUAAGCAAUAGGUCUAGUAUAUUCGGUGUAUGGAAGGACUGUAAGGUGUACAUGUCCAACUGGCAGGUGUCAUCUGACCUUGGCCUCAUUUUCAUGGUUCAGUGGUUAUAGUUAAGUUUUUGUGUUUUGGUCUGUUUUUCUUAUACUAUAUGCCAUAGUUCAACUAUAUUUGGUGUAUGAAAAUAUUUUAUGAUCUAUUUGGCAGUCACGCAGGUUUUAUUUGACCUUGACCUCAUUUUCAAGGUUCAUUGCUCAGUGUUAAGUUUUUGUGUUUUGGUCUGUUUUUCUUAAACUAUAAGCAAUAGGUCAACUCUAUUUGUUGUAUGGAAGAAUUGUUAGCUGUACAUGCCUGCCUAGCAUGGUUCAUCUGACCUUGAUCUCAUUUUCAUGGUUCAUUGGUCAAUGUUUAGUUUACUUGGUUAAUGUUAAGUUUAUGUGACAGUUGUAAUAAAGCUUUAUAUUUAGGACUAUCAACAUAAUAUCAAUGAUUAGUAAAGAAGGCGAGACAUUUCAGCGUGUGCACUCUUGUUGAAGUUUAGUUCUGUUCAAUAACAUCUUAUCUAUCAAUACAUACAGGUCUUCUAUCAAUAUUUCAUUCCAUUGUUCAACUAUGAUGUGUCCUUAGAUUUAACAACAACUGAUCGAUCGUAAUAUAAGGAAAAAUUUUUAUUAAAAAAUGUGGAACAGCAUUAUUAUUUACAUCUUUUGCCAAAGAUUUGAAAAUUAUUAGUGAUUUUUUUUCCUACUGUGAUAAGAAUACUGUGAUACUGUUUAUUUAUGUAUAUAGAAUGUGUGAUUAAUUAUCCUGAGAGAAUGAAAUCUUACUAUCUUUAAUGAGAAUUGUUUCAUGUUAUAAUCUAAAAAUAUUAUAUUUUUUAUUAAAGUCAUGUAAACAAA